AACACACUUUACAGGUAAUCUUGUUUUGUUUUGUUUUUUGGCGACAAGUUAUUUUCUAUCAUUCCUCUCUGUUUCUCUUUGCUUUUUACACAUUCUCUCAGCUGUUUUCUCUCUGUUUUCAUCUCUGUUUUUUCUAACGAAAUAUCUUAAAUUGAUUCGAUCCUUCUCCUCCGUUAAUUAUUUGUAUGGAUUCUGAUCAUCAUCGUCCAGCGGCUAACGAUACUUCACCAGGCUACUUUGUUCGGCUUGAUAAACCGAGAGCUGUAGACGAUCUCUAUAUAGGCAACAACAACAAGAGAGGGAAGAUGCGUAGGUGGUUGUGCUGUGUUUGCCACGUCGAAGAGCCUUACCCUUCUCCUGAAAACGAGCACCUGAGUAGCAGCCCUAAGCACUAUAGUGAUAAUAAGAAACCACAGGCUGCUGUGAAGCCUGAUAAUGCGUUGAAGGAGCCUCCAUCUAUCGACGUCCCUGCGUUGUCGUUGGACGAGCUGAAAGAAAAGACCGAUAACUUUGGAUCAAAGGUGUUGAUCGGUGAAGGUUCGUACGGAAGAGCCUACUACGCAACUUUGGAAGAUGGCAAAGCUGUGGCGGUCAAGAAGCUUGAUAACGCGGCUGAGCCUGAAUCAAAUAACGAGUUCUUGACGCAAGUCUCGAGGGUCUCGAAGCUGCGGAACGAUAACUUUGUUCAGCUGUUUGGUUACUGCGUUGAAGGGAGUGUUCGUGUACUCGCGUACGAAUUUGCGACGAUGGGAUCUUUGCAUGAUGUUUUGCACGGGAGGAAAGGAGUCCAGGGAGCACAGCCAGGUCCAACGCUUGAUUGGAUCCAACGUGUUAGAAUAGCGGUUGAUGCGGCUAAGGGACUUGAGUAUUUACACGAGAAGGUUCAACCUGCGGUGAUACAUAGAGAUGUUCGGUCUAGCAAUGUGCUUCUCUUUGAUGACUUUAAAGCCAAGAUUGCUGAUUUUAAUCUCUCGAAUCAGUCUCCUGAUAUGGCUGCUCGUCUUCAUUCUACUAGAGUUUUGGGAACCUUUGGUUACCAUGCACCAGAGUAUGCGAUGACUGGUCAACUGACUCAGAAGAGUGAUGUUUAUAGUUUCGGUGUAGUGCUUUUGGAGCUCUUGACUGGCAGGAAACCAGUUGAUCAUACAAUGCCACGUGGUCAGCAAAGUCUUGUCACUUGGGCCACUCCAAGGCUGAGUGAAGACAAAGUGAAGCAAUGUGUUGAUCCGAAACUCAAAGGGGAGUAUCCUCCUAAAGCUGUUGCAAAGCUCGCGGCUGUUGCAGCCUUGUGUGUGCAAUACGAAUCAGAGUUUAGGCCGAACAUGAGCAUUGUGGUAAAAGCUUUACAGCCCUUGUUGAGGUCAUCAACACCAGCAGCUGUUCCGUCCCAGGAAACUUAGCCCUUCUAUGUAAUUAUGGGAGAUUGGUUUCUGUUUCAUGUGUUGCCCAUACCAUGCAUAUAUAUUCAUACCAUACAAAUAUAUUCUUGAGAGUCUUUGUUGAGGCGUAUCUCUUCUUCUAUGUUUGUUAAGGUGAUAAGUAGUGUGUUGGUGUUCUGUUGACAAUUGUUUGGUGGAGUCGUUUGAUUUGUAAUUCUAUUUUUUUGUGGUUAUUUAAAGUUUUUUUUCUC